GACUUGAUUCUCUGUGUGCGCCUUUCUUAACUCUUAAUUUUAAUGAUGAAGCUCUGGCAUUCACCUGCUAUCAUGCGUUUAUUCCUAAAUUUAUGAAAGAUUUCUUUAUAUCUGAUAACUCAUCUGUUAUCCGAGAAUAUCUUGCAGUCUUUCGUCAUCUUUUAUCAUUUCAUGAUCCGGAACUAUCUAGACACCUCAACAAGAUUGGAUAUAAACCCGAUUUAUAUGCUGUUCCAUGGUUUUUAACAUUGUUCACACAUGUGUUUCCGCUCGAUAAAACCUAUCACCUAUGGGAUAAAGUUAUUGUUGGAGCGCCAUCAUUACCAUUAUUCACAGGUGUUUCGAUUAUAAGGCAAUUUCGUGAUACACUCAUCAAGUCAGAGUUUAAUGAAUGUUUAAUGGUUGCCGAUUCAUUCCCGAAUGUCGAUAUUGAAAAGUGCGUUCAAUCAGCAUUAUCAAUGUAUAAAGUUACACCUCCUUCAGUGAUACAUCGUGAACACGAAUCGGAUGAAAAAACUCACGAAAAUCAACAUGAUCAACGCGAACGCUGGUGGGAACAGCCUACACCUAUCGAAGUAAAAGAAGCCGAAUUGGCACCUAGAAUAUCACUUAAGGAUUUAGUUAAACUAAAAAACUACGUUUUAGUAAUUGAUACGAGAACUGAUCAGGAAUUUGGAAGAGGUCAUUUUCCAUUAUCAAUUAAUAUGAAUCCAGCGCAUCUAGAACAAUUGUCACAAACAUUGUGGCAAGAAAGAAAGAAGUACCAUGUUGUAGUUGGAGUAGUUGGAAUACGUGGAGGGUCAGGGCCGCAGUUUGCCAGUGAUUUAGUCGAGGCAGGUUUUCCUCGUGUCGCUGUACUAAACGGCGGUAUAGACGUGAUGCGUGUGGACGCAGCAGGAGUUGUAGUAUGCGCUUGUGCUUGCACACCGAUAAAGCCACCAGGGGUUAAAGGACCUGUUGUUUAUUGGAAAUGUACACAAAACUUAAUGAAUUGA